AUGGCGCGCGUUUACUCCGAUGUCAACGACCGCAUGCCCCGGUCAUACUGGGACUAUGACAGUGUGAACAUUUCCUGGGGGGUUCUGGAGAACUACGAGGUGGUCCGUAAGAUCGGCCGUGGAAAGUACUCGGAAGUCUUCGAAGGCAUCAACGUCGUCAACUACCAGAAAUGUGUCAUCAAGGUCCUUAAGCCGGUCAAGAAGAAGAAGAUUAAGCGAGAGAUCAAGAUCCUGCAGAACCUGGCAGGCGGUCCCAACGUGGUGGCUUUGUUGGAUGUGGUCCGGGACAGUCAGAGCAAAACGCCGAGUCUGGUCUUUGAAUAUGUCAACAACACCGACUUCCGCACCCUCUACCCGCGGUUUACCGACUACGAUGUUCGCUUCUACGUCUUUGAGCUGCUGAAGGCCCUGGACUUCUGCCACAGCAAGGGUAUCAUGCACCGAGAUGUCAAGCCGCAUAAUGUCAUGAUCGACCACGAGAAGCGCAAGCUUCGUUUGAUCGAUUGGGGACUGGCUGAGUUCUACCACAAAGGCACCGAGUACAAUGUCCGAGUCGCGUCGCGCUACUUCAAGGGCCCUGAACUGCUGGUGGAUUUCCAGGAGUACGACUAUUCGCUCGACAUGUGGUCCCUGGGAGCCAUGUUCGCCUCUAUGAUUUUCCGCAAAGAGCCCUUCUUCCACGGCAACAGCAACUCCGACCAGCUGGUCAAGAUUGCCAAGGUCCUGGGUACCGAGGAGCUGUUUGAGUACUUGGACAAGUACGAGAUCGAGCUGGAUCCCCAAUACGAUGAGAUCCUCUCGCGCUUCCCCCGCAAGGCCUGGCAUAGCUUCAUCAACGCUGAAAACCAGCGGUUCGUCAGCGAGGAGGCCAUUGACUUCUUGGACAAGCUCUUGCGCUAUGACCAUGCGGAGCGUCUGACCGCCCAGGAAGCCAUGGCCCACCCGUUCUUUGAGGUCGUCCGGACCACCGAAGCACGGAGGAACAACGCGACGUCAGCGUAA